AUGGUGGCGAUCCACGCCAACGCUUUGAACCUCAUGGCGCAGCGGGGCGAGACGACGGCGCUCCAGCGCGCCAUCGACCAGGGCGCCGACGUCAACGAGGUGGACCACGACUGGUUCCCGCUCAUGAUGGCCGUCGCCGUGAACCAGCCGAGCGUCGUGUCCCUGCUGCUGCGCAACGGCGCCGAGCAGGAGCUCGCGGAGCUCCUGCUCGUCCACGGCGCCGACGUCGACGGCGCGGACGUGCGGGGCACCUGCGGCUUGCACGCGGCGGUCUACUUCGGGCGGCCGGGCCUCGUGCGGCUCUUCCUGGCCCACGGCGCGGACCCGAACCGCGCGACGGUUUCGGUAGAGGAGGCGCGGCCGCCGCCCUUCGACGCGUCGCCGGGCAAGCCCAUGCGGUCCGCCGUCGACGACCCGAGCUCGCUGAAGCUGCCGCCGGGCUUCACGCCCCUGCGCCUGGCGACGGCGGCGACGGCCGCGGAGAACAGCGUUUUCGGCGACGACGCGCCGCCCGCGGACUUUCCGUCCGACGGCGGCGAGCAGCAGGAGAAGCGCCGGCGCCGGAUCGCCGACGAGCUGCUGGGCGCCGGCGCCACGGAGCCCCUGGACGCCUGGGACCUCGAGGGCGCCGACUCCGUGGCCAGGUGGUUCGCGGCGCUGAGUUGGCACGGCGCGAAGACGACGGACGGCCUCGUCGCGCGCGUCCUCGAGGCCACGGACGACUACCCCGGCGGCGUCGACGCCGCGGCGCUCUUCGCCCUCGACGAGCGCGAGCUCGACGACCUGUUGGACGUGCGCGGCCUCGCGCAGGAGCACAAGCGCCCGGAGACCGCGGACUCGUCGCUGUCGACCGCGCGGACGACGCGGUCCGCGGCCAAGCUCUGGUACCGCAAGGUCCAGCGCCACGCGCUGCUGCAGCGCGACCGCGCGCACCGCGGCGCCGUCGGCGCGGCGCUCGGCGACGAGGCGUCGCCGCUCCGGGAGCCGCUCGACAACGAGGACGCGCGCGCGACCAUCGUCGCGCGCCUCCGCGGCGCCGCGGGCGCCUACACGAAGGCGACGGCCGUCGCCGGCGGGUCGCCGGCCCUCGAGGACGUGGACCGCGCCCUCGACGGCGCGGCGGCCGCCGCCGAGGCCGAGCUCGAGAGGCUCGCGCGCGCGCGCGGCGCCGCGCGCGCGGGCCGCUACGAGGCGCUCGUCCAGCGCUGGUACGCUCUGCGGCGCGCCGUCGACGCCGCCCGCGACGGCACGGCGGCGCACCACCGCGCGGAGCAGCCCCAUCCCGCGGACGCGCCGAGCUGGUGGGACGCGGCGGCCGUCGCCGCGACGGCCUGCCCCUUCGACGCGGCCGACGGCGAGGGCGCCCGGGCCUUCCACGUGCGCGCGCGCUGCGGCGCCGCGCGGCCCAUCCUCUACGGCGCGCUCCAGGGUUUGGUCGACGAGGUCAACGCCGCGGCGCACCCCGCGCAGCUCGGUCUGAGCGGCGCGGACUUCCCGCUGCCCUUCGCGGACGAGCCCUUUCUACGGGUGGACGGCGGCCGCUGCGCGCUCGUCGCCAAGCCGUCGAAGACGCCCGAGGAGCUCAAAUGGGGCGCGGGCGCCAUGGCCGCGCGCGACGCCGUGGCCGCGACGAUCCUCGCCGAGGACCCCUACGUCGUCGCCGUCGUGCUCGCGCUCCUGGCGACGCGCGGAGACACAUUACCUUUGCGGCUCUGCCGCGUGGCCGCGGACCUCGACGGCGGCGACCGCGCGGCGACGGUCGUCGCCAACGUCAUGGCCGUCUACCCCGCGACGCCCGAGGCGCACGCGAAGGUGACGGCCGCGCCGCCGCCCGAAAACCCCCUCCCGGACGGCGCCGACGACGACGACGAGAGCGUGGGCCUCGAGCCCGUGCCGCCCGUCGACGCCGAGGGCGAGACGCCGGAGCCGGAGCGCGGCUACGAGACCGCGCGGCUCGUGCCCGCGCGCGCCGGCGGGCCGACGUUCGCGCCGGACCUCGCGGGCGCGGACCUGGCGCUCGGCGAGGUCACGCUCGCCCUGGCGACGCUCCAUGCGCUCGACGCCUUCGCGGCGCCCUACGCGGACGCGCUCGCGGCGCCGGACGCCGCGGACCGGCGCCGCGCGCUCUUCUCGCGGGACCUGCCGUUCCUGGACGGCGACGCGUGGCUCCUGAAGACGCCGCCGGACGUCGCGGACUACCGGCGGCGCCAGGGGGCGGCGCUCCACGAGGAGAUGGCCGAGCUCGGCGACGCGGCGCGCUGCGCGGCGCUCGAGGAGCGGCUCGGCGCGGCCGCGGCCGCCGCGGCCGUCGCGCGCGCGGCCGCCGCGCGCGCGGCCGAGGGCCUCGAAGCCGAGCUCAAGCAGCGCGACAUGGAGCUCGAGGGCUGCCACGCGGCGCUCGAGCGCGCGACGGCGUCCCUCGCGGCGCGGUCCGACGAGGUCUUCAAGCUCAAGGAGGAGGUCGCGCGGCUCCGCGCCGCGUCCGUGCCGGACUCGCCGCGCGACGCCGCGCCCGCGGCGCCGCCGCCGAAGCCGCCGAAGAAGGCCGCGCCGCCGCCGCCCGUGCCCGCGAAGAAGAACCCCUUCGCGAAGAAGAACCUCGGCCGCGUCGCGCCCGAGGGCAUGGACCAGGGCGUCAGGUACUCCUAG